GACUUAUUUUAUUCAUGACAGGAUAUUAUAUGAGUAGCUUCAUUGAGCUGGAUCCUUCGCGAUCGCACUACGAAACAUUCGUAGAUAAAGGUUUAGAUAACUGUAACUGUGCAGUACCAAGCCGAACUCAAAAAGUACCAAAAAUAUUACAUUAUGUAUAUGUUAAUGAAGAUCCAGAUAAUUUACCCUUUGAUUUUGUCCAUUGGCUUGCUAUGACUUCGGCGAUCGAGACUAUUAAGCCAGAAAAAACCUAUUUUCAUUGUAUUUAUGAACCAAAAAGUUACUGGUAUCAACUCAUAAAGCCUAAAUUAAGCAUUAGGGAAACACGAAUAGUCACCGAAAUUUUCGGUAAUCCUGUACAAGUUUUGCAGCAUAAGUCAGAUGUUAUACGGAUGGAAGUGUUACGAGACUUUGGUGGCAUUUAUCUUGAUAUUGAUAUAAUAGUCUUUCAACCAUUCGAUGAUCUUCUCUAUGAUGAUUUUACUAUGGGCAUUGAGGAAGCUUGGGAGCAAUUUCUUUGUAACGCGGUAAUUAUCAGCAGACCAUUUGCUCCUUUUCUAACCAGAUGGAUACAAGGAUACAAGAAUUUUGAUGAUAGUAACUGGAACAGUCAUUCAACUCGGUUGCCUUACCAAAUGUCAAAAGAAUACAGCUAUGAUAUACAUGUUUUAAACAAAACUGCAUUUUUUUGGCCGACUUGGCUUGAAGAGCACCUUCAAUUAGUCUUCAAAUCAAAUGACUAUAAUUUUUCUAACCAGUACGCCUAUCAUAUGUGGGCAGUAAAAAGCUACAAUGAAACUUUACGAAAUCUAUCUCCAAUAACAAUAAAAAAUGUUGAAACGAGUUUUAAUAGAGCUGUUAGAAAAUUUUUAAAAUAUCUGCCUAAAAACUUUAGUGAAGAGAUCGCUGAAUGA